AUGUCCCAGGCAACCAAGAAUGUGACCGGAUUAUUGCAUCCUGUUUCCAAAACACCAAGUGGCAAUUAUUUGGUCGCCAUUAAACAAGAGAAAACUGAAGUGCCCAGAACAAGUGAAGAGAAAAACUCAGUGGUUGAAGAAGAGCCUGUAAAGAAAAGAGGAUGGCCAAAGGGAAAGAAACGAAAAAAAGUCUUGCCCAACGGACCAAAAGCUCCAAUUACUGGAUAUGUGCGUUUUUUAAACGAGCGCAGAGAGCAAAUUCGGUCACAAUACCCUGAUCUACCAUUUCCUGAAAUCACAAAGAUGCUGGGAGCUGAGUGGAGUACUUUGCCGGGACAAGAAAAACAGAGGUACCUGGAUGAUGCUGAAAGGGACAAACAGCAGUAUAUGAAGGAGUUAAGAGAAUAUCAACUGUCUGAGACUUACAAGAUGUGUUCCGAUAAGAUUCAUGAAAAGAAGAUGAAGAAAGAAGAAAACCGUGCAUCAUCUAUCAGCACUUUGUUGAAUGGACACAUGCUAAAAACUGGAGAAUCACAAAAUAAUGGAUUAGCAAUAUUUGAUGUUCCUAUAUUUACAGAAGAAUUUUUGGAUCAAAACAAAGUUUGUGAAGCAGAACUUAGGAGGCUACGAAAAAUGAACACCGAGUUUGAAGAGCAGAAUGCUGUCCUACAGAGACACACUGAAAGCAUGCUGAUUGCAAAAGAAAGACUUGAACAGGAGUUGGUACAGGAAGAAAGGCAAACAGUGGCCCUUCAGCAGCAACUACAAACGGUCCAAGAGAAUUUGCUGGCAGGCUUUGCCUUGCUUCCAAUUCCAGGCACAGUGGAGACCCCAACAAUACGAAACCUUGAUAUAUAUAUGGCUAAGCUUCACAGUGUGAUCGAACUUGAUCCAGCUCAGCAUGAAGAAUUGAUUAUUCAGAUGAAAGAGAUUUUAUCCAGGAUUAAUAGGUAA